UUUUCCGAUUUUUAAAAUGUCGGAGAAGUCGGAGGAGAACCGGGUCAAGUUGUGGUGAUAUGCUAUCAGUUUACAAACAAAAACUAAAGUAUUCCUUUCUAUGGGAGAUUUAAAUGAUUGCGUAAAUCAAUAAGGUUUCGAAGAUUAUAAAAUAAACAUGUCUGCACUUCAGAAGACUAUAAUGAAAAAUAAAUUGCCGCCAAGGGUCCCCAGAACUUCUGGGGUUUCCAAGAUGGCCCCAUUUGGAGCAGGUCGCCGUAAGGACUACACGCCAGUGUCAUGGAAGCAGUACUUCCAUCAGAGUGUGGAUGUGACGAUAAGUGCUGGCACCUUCAGAGUUUACUUGUCUCCAGAACCUGACCAUCCAGACAGACCUAGGAUAGUGACGCUGCAUGGAGGUGGCUAUUCAGGACUUAGCUGGUCUUUGUUUACUGAGGAGAUUACAAGUAUGGUCCAUUGCCAAGUAGUGUCAAUUGACAUCCGGGGCCACGGAGAGACUAAAGUGGAGAACUGUGAUGACCUCAGCAUUGAGACACUUGUAAAUGACAUUGAACAAGUCCUCCACAAGCUGUUCAACGAGGGCAUUCCACCGUUAAUACUGGUGGGCCACUCUAUGGGUGGUGCGGUCGCCGUGCGGGUGGCACUGCAGCCCUCGCUGGAGCACUGCAUACAGGGCAUCGCUGUUAUUGAUGUGGUUGAAGGCACAGCAAUGGAUGCGUUGGCCAGCAUGCAGAGCUUCCUGCGGAGUAGACCGACACACUUCAAGAGUAUCGAGCAUGCUAUAGAGUGGUGUGUGCGAAGUGGUCAAGUACGGAAUGUGGAUUCGGCGAGAGUGUCAAUGCCCAGUCAGAUUAUCAACUGCGAGACCGGUAAACUGGCUAUCAACGAAGUGGAAAGCUAUACAUCAGUGUCGGACGAGUCGGUCCCGACUCCUACAAGGCAUGCUCCUCUAGCUGACAGGAUUGCUGAGGAAUCUGAUGGUGAAGCCGACGGAGAAUCUGAGCCUAGCUCCGAGACCAUUGUUGAACACUUUGUGAAGCCUUCUGCGGUGGGAGACGGAGCUUCUAGUAUGAAAUACAAAUGGCGCAUCGAGUUGUCCCGCACGGAGCGGCACUGGUCGGGCUGGUUCCGCGGGCUGUCGGCUGCCUUCCUGGCCGUCCGCGCGCCGAGACUGUUGCUGCUGGCGUCUAUAGACGGGCUCGACAGGGAACUCACCGUCGGACAGAUGCAAGGUAAAUUCCAAAUGCAAGUAUUGACGAGAUGCGGACAUGCUGUACAUGAAGAUACGCCCGGGGAGGUGGCGCGCGUGGUAGCGGCCUUCGCGCUCCGCCACCGCCUGACGUCGACCACGGAGCUCGGCGCAGACAUGCAACUGCUGCACUCCGUGCCCGGGUGCUGAACUAUUGCUACCGGUACUUACUCAGUUACACCCAUACAUUGUACUGUAACAUUUAUAUUGAGCUCUUAGUUUCUGAUAUAUGUAAAUUUUUGAGGUUGAUCAGGAUGGUAUUUUAGCUUAUGAUUGAAAAAAGAAACAUCGGUUUCCGUAAUAAUGUUUUAAUUUGGUCUGUCAAUGUCUUCUUUAAGCGUAAACCAAUGAACAGAUUUGGGUGAAUUUCAGUACAACAAUGGUUUGAAAACUUUAAGACUCGAGAAAGAAACUUUUCCAUCCCGGUUUAUCUUUACCGGAAAUAAAAAAACGUUUAAUUUAUUAUAUGAUUUAUUAUUAUAUUAUCAACAUUUUAAUCUAUAAAAAGUAACAAAAUAUACCACUUAAUCCUUUUUUUUUUUCAAAAAUUAAGAGUUCAAUAUAAAAAUAUUUUUCAGUUAUACCAUGUAAUAAUGACAAACAGGUGUCACAAUAGUAUUGUAGAGAAUUCUAUUGGUAUUGUAAUAUAAAUACAAUAAGGUUGUGUUGAAAUAUCUUCCAAUGUAGCAAUAACUCAAGGAGAUUGUGUUACGUAUGGGCGAGAGCUUGAAUAACGAUUAUAUUGCUAAGUGUAAACUUGAUGUUAAGUUUAAAGCAAUUAUCAAUAUUGUAAUACUAGCUACUUCUACUGCCAGCUACUUCUCUUGGUCAUAGCGUGUUUAUAAGCCUACAGUUGUCUUCGAUAAAUGCACUAUCCAACACAAUUUUUUUAUAAUUAUUCAACUCGUAUACUGUAGUUUUGGAGAUAAGCACGUUCGUACAAACUAAUUCUUCAUCUUUGACUUUAUUCUAUUGAAUUUCUGUUGAAAACAUAGAUCCAUGCAGAUUUUGGGUUGAGAUCAGUACCUUUAGUACGAGUUUGCUUUGCGUUUAUAGUAAUUGAAAUGAAAGCGCGGUCGGCGCUCAGAUUGGUCGUCUACUUACAGCAAACUCAUACUAGGGGUGCGGUUACUGAAACAGUGAUUAACUAGAUUUUUGAGGUAUACCAGCCUUGAAGAGUUAAAUAAAUGUUUGCCCAUCAAAAACCAACCUUGCCAAGUGUAGCUUAACUUAACAUCUUAAGUUUUAAAUAUAAAACGAUAUAAUAAUAAUAACAUAUUGCGUAAGUUAUCUUUGUUAGCAUAUUUGAAUAGAAUUCUCUAUAAAACUCAUUAAAACAAAAUCUUCUUAAUAUAAGUCUGAUUCUCGAAGUACUUACUUACCUGUACUGUGUCCAAUGAUAGUAAUAUAUUUAAAUAUAUUACCUUUACCCGGCCUGAGGAGAAAUUGUGUGGUUACAUUGGUAGAAUAGUUAUCAAACCAAUACUUUAUUGAUUGCAAUUCAGUAUCAGUAACAAAAUUUGCUUUCUGGCUCUGUACUGAUAAUAAUAUCUAAUAACUUGAUUGAGUAUAUACCCUAAGAUUUUGGGUAGCUCGCCUUUAUUAUAUAAAAGUUAUAUGGGUUUUUUGAGGGGGGAAAAUCAUCCAAUGGCUGUCUUCUGCCGCCUUGGGCGAGCGAGGCGAGAGAGAGUGUCAGACUCUUAGUGACUAAAAACCAACCUUGUUCCUACUCCUGCUUUCGAACCGGAGUCCCAGUAAAUCCGCUAUACAGUCCGCAAUUUGGAGAACUUGGUUGAACAUAUUCUACCAAUGUAAAAAACACUAUAUGAAAAUGUGAUUUUCAAAAACCAAGCUAUUUUUCGAAAGAAUUAAAAUGUA